CACAAAACUUAGACGCAAGGCAGGCCUCGUCCUUCGCAAUGAAGGUCCUUGCACGGAUGGCUGUGUCGACCAGACCCGCACGAGUCUGUCGAUUGUCUUGGACUCCCGCGCCGAAUCGAUGCAGAACAGCGAGAUCGCAUACCUCCGCAUCGCAUGCUCGCUACACCGCAGAUGCGCCCAUACAGUCGAUGGACCUGCCGAGGGCACAGCAAAGUGCGAGGAUCAAGUCAUAUCAACCAUUUUCAGAUUUUUUGACCGAUACGCAUGCACGGCAGCAUGACUAUCUGCGCAUCUCGAUUACUGAAAAGUGUAAUCUGCGCUGUACUUACUGUAUGCCCGAAGAAGGCGUUGAAUUACAGCCUGAAGAGAAGCUCCUGUCAACAGACGAGAUUCUUCGAGUUGCGCGCGUCUUUGUGUCACAGGGCGUCACUAAGAUCCGUCUGACGGGCGGUGAACCGACGGUACGCAAGGAUAUUAUUCAACUAGUCGAGCGCUUAGGUGAACUGCGAUCACUCGGCCUCAAAGAAAUUGCUAUGACUAGCAACGGCAUUGCGUUGAAGCGCAAAUUGCCUGCAUUGGUCGCAGCUGGUCUGACACAUCUCAAUCUAAGCCUCGACACGCUUGAUCCUUUGCAAUAUGAGCUUCUCGCUAGACGACGCGGUCUCGAUGCAGUGCUUUCUUGCAUAGAUCAAGCGAUUGCUCUUGGUAUACAGCCGCUCAAAGUCAAUUGCGUCGUCAUCAAUCGCAUCAAUGACCGCGAAAUCACCGACUUUGUGGAAUUUACAAGAACGCGACCUAUUGAGGUGCGUUUCAUUGAGUAUAUGCCAUUCGACGGCAAUCGUUGGAAUAAAGAAAAGAUGGUACCAUACGCAGACAUGCUUGCACGUAUUCGCAUGCAAUUUCCAACCUUUAGCAAAGUGCAAGACGCCAAGAACGACACGGCGAAAGUAUGGCAAGUCCCUGGAUUUUUGGGUAAAGUAGGUUUCAUCACCAGUAUGACGAAUCACUUUUGUGGGUCUUGCAACCGUUUGCGCAUCACAUCCGAUGGCAAUCUGAAAGUGUGCCUCUUUGGCAAUACGGAAGUGUCAUUACGCGACAUGAUGCGUUCAACAAACGACGAUGCAGCUUUAUUGGAAGUCAUUGGUGCAGCAGUCAAGCGAAAGAAAAAGCAACAUGCUGGCCUCACGGAACUCGAAACAAUGAAGAACAGGCCGAUGAUUUUGAUAGACAGGAAAGUCUUGUGGACAUCGAUGUCUGCGAGUAUGCCGUGGUUGGCAGGAAAGUAUACUACAAAGCAAGCUCGUUAUUACAGCAGCAAGACACCAAAGCUGACACAUGUGGAUGAACUGGGUGCAGCACACAUGGUCGAUGUCGGACAGAAGACUGCAACGCGUCGUGUCGCUCGUGUGGUCGCACAGGUCCAGACCUCGGCCGAAGCGAUUCAGCUUAUCGUCAGCAACAUGGUCAAAAAGGGAGAUGUCUUGGCAACUGCACGCAUUGCAGGAAUUAUGGCCGCAAAGCAGACGAGUGCACUGAUUCCGCUUUGCCACAAUAUCAAUCUCAGCAAGGUCAAAGUCCAUCUUCAAGUGGAUGAAGCAACGUCUCGUGUCUUGAUCGACACAGAGGCCAUUUGUGAUGGCGUGACGGGUGUGGAAAUGGAAGCGUUGACGGCCUGCAGCGUGGCGGCAUUGACUGUAUACGAUAUGCUCAAGGCUGUCGACAAGAGAAUGGUCAUUUCAGGGCUUCGCGUCGUUGAGAAGCAGGGCGGUAAGUCUGGUGAUUGGUCCAUAUAGCAUAGAUACAGAGUACUUGUGACUGCCCA